AUGGAUUUAGGAAGCAGUAGGAGUUUGGAGAAUACAAUGAAUAGAGUCUAUCAUGAUCAGCUUGUUCCAAAGAUAAACACAAGCAAGAAAAUGCUCACCUUGGCAAACCCACAUAACAUCCUGGAUAUGACACGAGAGAUUAAGAAAAACUGUGGGAAAAAACAGAUAGAAAUCACAGCUGAACGAAUAAAAAUGGCAAAGAACAUCAAAGGAAAACAAAGCAAUGACUUGGAGAAAGUGACAUUUAAACGGAAAGCAGAAAGUGAAGAAAAGCCCGCUGGAAAGAAAGAGGCAAAGAUAAUAGAACUUGACAAUCAGUUCAUCACAACGCCUCUGCCUCACAUCCCCUUAAAGAACGUAAUGGAUGUGGAAAUGAAGUUGGUCUACAUUGAUGAAGAGGACGUGAGCUAUGAGUUUGCAGAGCCCUUCAUGUCCACUGGGAUUCAGCCAACAUGCCGAGAUGCUGAAAUAGUAGACCCUUUGAGUGUACCUAAUUUCAGCUUUCUGCCUCAGAUUGACAAAUGGCUUCAGGUAGCCUUAAAGGAUGCCAGCUCUUGCUAUAGACAAAAGAAAUAUGCUGUGGCAGCGGGACAGUUCAGAACAGCACUUGAGCUUUGCAGCAAAGGGGCAGCUCUGGGAAAACCCUUCGAAGCAUCUGCUGAAGAUAUUUCAAGUGUGGCAAGUUUCAUCGAGACAAAGCUUGUCACCUGCUAUCUACGGAUGAGGAAACCCGACCUUGCCCUGAAUCAUGCGCACAGGAGCAUUGUUUUGAACCCAGCCUAUUUCCGAAAUCAUCUUCGUCAAGCGGCAGUGUUUAGAUGUCUGGAGAGAUAUUCAGAAGCUGCCCGGAGUGCCAUGAUUGCUGACUACAUGUUCUGGCUCAGCGGAAGAAGUGAACAGAGUGUAAGCAAGCUCAUCAAACUGUAUUGGCAGGCCAUGAUUGAAGAAGCCAUCACCAGAGCAGAAUCCUUCUCAGUUAUGUACACACCAUUUGCAACAAAAAUAACAGCUGAUAAAACAGAAAAAGUAAAAGAAGUUUUCACAAAAACUCAUCCUGCAUAUGCGGAGUAUAUCUACACAGAUCUUCAGGGACUCCAUAUGUUGCCUCAAACGGUUGACUGGUCAUCUUUUCCUCCCCAACAAUAUCUCUUGACUCUUGGAUUCAAAAACAAAGAAGAUGGGAAGUUUUUGGAAAAAGUAUCAAGUAGGAAGCUGCCAACAUUUACAGAAUGUAAAACUCCCUUUGGUCUGCUGAGCAGAGAAGACACAGUGAGACACAUGGAGACAAUGGGGAAGCGAAUCUUACCAAUAUUGGAUUUUAUUGGAAGCACCCAAUUGAAUGGAAGUUUCCGUGCAUGCUCAGGUGUGAUGGAGAAGCUGCAAUAUGCCAACCUCCUCAGCCAGCUGCAGAGAGUGAAGGAGCAGACCCAGGUGAUCAGUCAAGCAAUGGCAGAACUAGCAACCAUUCCCUAUCUACAGGACAUCAGUCAACAGGAGGCAGAAUUGCUGCAGUUGCUAAUGGCAGAUGCCAUGGACACCCUUGAAGGAAGAAGAAACGACAGAGAGUGUGUGUGGAAUACAAUCCAAAAGAUUGGACGAAUUGAAGAUUUUUUAUACCAAUUAGAGGACAGUUUCUUAAAAACUAAAAAACUGAGAACUGCUCGAAGGCAAAAAACAAAAAUGAAGCGGCUCCAAGCUGUGCAGCAAAGCUAG